GUUGUUAGCUACGAGUUUGCCGUACGUUGACUGCGCAUUUUGUGACUGUUGAUAGCCGUUUUCUUCUUCAUCGUCGUCUUUUCAAUUUCAAACCACCAAGUCGAACAGGGGACACUUCUCGGAGAACUAAGGCUCUACCGGGAGACGCACCAUGUCGAGGCGCGUACAUAAGCGGUGCCUCCUGAAGGAGAAAGGAAACUGUGACGCCGAUGACACUAUGGGCGGUAUAAGUUUCCACCGUUUUCCUCGGGACCCCUUGAGGUACAAGGCGUGGCUGGAGUUUUGCAACCUGGAGGCGGAUACGAGUCUAAUUCCCAUUCGCUCUAAGGUCCUGUGCUCCCAGCACUUCACACCAGUUGCUUAUUUGCGCACAGGAAGGCUUCGGUGGGAUGCAGUUCCUACAUUGAAGCGCACACUGCAUGGCGUUGCAGGAAGUAGUGCCUACACCAAUCAGAGCAGACUUGAAAGCAGUGGGCCUUCAACGGAGGAACGUGUGCAAGCUGUGGUAGCCUACCAUGACGAUAGCACAGGAGCAAUACACCUUCACCAGAUGAGUCAUCCUUGCCAUGCUGAAGAGUGUGGUACUGAAGAAAGUCAGCAACAGCGUGAUCUGUCUCAUCAGGACCAUAGCUACGCACGACACGCACCAGCCUUGUCAACACAGAGCACUGUUGUCUCCCCACUAGCUGCAGUUGUCACUCCUCUGCCAGGAACGUCGUCUGGUGUACUGCGUGCAGUCGCGUCACCUCAGCACUUAAAAGGUGGAAGUGGCUGGCAUCCCCCCAAAGAUUGCCCAUCGUCCAGUAGUCUGGCAGCUCCAGCACAGCCAACAAAAGGCAAGCUGGAUAACCUCCGCAAGAAAGUGCACCAGUUGCAAGCCCGCAACAAGAAGCUUCAGCACAAAAUAGCAGAAGCAGAAAACAUUGUCAAUGCUUACAAUGCUUUGACAUUCCUUUAAUACAAAAAUGCUGUUGUAAUCAAAGUAGUAGUCAUGAACAGUGUGUAUGCUCUGAACAAGGUUGUCAUUGCUGGAAGCUGAUAUUAUUUUGGCUGUUUUGCAAGAUAAAGUAUCACAGACUUCUAAACUGAGCUAAUGGACUUGUGCCUUCUAAUUCCUCCAUAGCAUUCAUUACGAAU